AUCUUCUUCCUUUCUUUUUUCUUUUUCUUUCUUCCCCUUCUUUCUUCCUCUUCUUCCUCUGUGUUGCUUGGUUCCACUGAACCCAGAUCUGUUGGGUUCCAUUGAACCCAGCUCGGGUUCUAUGGAACCCAUCUGCUGGGUUACAUCGAACCCAAAUCUGUUGGGUUUGGUGGAACCCAAGCUAGAGCUGGGCUGCUCUUGGCUUACAGCUUGUGCGUUGCGGAAAAGCCAGAACAAUAGUGAAAUUUGGAGAAACACCAGAGUCAAGAAAAUUCUGGGGAGCUCUUGGAUUUGCUAAACUGCUAGACUGAGAAACUCAAGAGGGUUUUAGUAAUGGCAACGGUGAAUGGAAGAGUUUGUGUAACAGGUGCUGGAGGGUUCCUUGCUUCUUGGGUCGUUAAGCUUCUCCUCUCCAAGGACUACGCCGUCCGUGGCACCGUCCGACAACUAGGAGAUGAAAAAUAUGCCCAUCUCAAUAAACUUGAGAAAGCAUCUCAGAACCUCAAACUUUUGAAGGCAGACUUAUUGGAUUAUGACUCUCUUUGUUCCGCAAUUGAAGGCUGCGAGGGUGUCUUCCAUGUUGCCUCUCCUGUGCCCUCCACCACUGUUCCAAAUCCUGAGGUGGAAGUGAUAGAACCAGCUGUAAAGGGCACUCUCAAUGUGCUUAAAGCAUGUCUUGAUGCAAAAGUCAAGCGAGUUGUAGUUGUGUCCUCGGAAGCUGCUGUUGCAUUUAACCCUAGAUGGCCAAAGGGUCAAAUCAAGGAUGAGGCUUGUUGGUCUGAUAAGGAAUACUGCAGAACUACGAAGAACUGGUAUUACCUCGCAAAGACAGAAGCAGAGAGUGAGGCUUUGGAGUUUGCUAAAAGAACUGGUCUUGAUGUUGUAACUGUUUGUCCUACCCUUAUUUGGGGGCCACUGCUACAGCCCACCAUCAAUACAAGUAGCAAAAUUCUCAUUAAGCUUUUAACAGAGGGUUAUGAAACCUUAGAAAACAAACUCCGGAAUACAGUAGAUGUUCGUGAUGUAGCUGAGGCAUUGCUUCUCGCAUAUGAGAAGCCUGAGGCUGAAGGCAGAUACAUUUGCACAGCUCACACUAUCAAAACACAUGAUCUGGUUGAUAAAUUGAGGACUCUGUAUCCUACCUACAAUUACCCUAAAAGCUUUACUGAAAGUGAAGACGGUGCAAUUCUGAGUUCAGAGAAGUUGCAGAGGCUUGGUUGGCGAUAUCAUCCCCUGGAAGAAACACUAGUUGAUUCUAUUGAGAGUUAUAAGAAUGCUGGAAUCCUGUGUUAGAGGAAUUAUCAGCACUCGAAUGAAUAAGGAGGGUGGUGACCAGAAACUCAAUUACUGCUUGUAAUUGUAUCUUGAACGUCAUCUGUGAUUUGAAUAAUUCUAGCCUAGCCUAGUGUACUAAAUCAUGGCAUUCAUACAAUUAAAUCCAAGACAUAUAU